AUUUUUUUUGGCUGUUGACAAAUGUAUUAAAUCUAUAUUUAUCGGUACUACUUCCAAAGUGUAGCACCGAUUGCUUCGGCGAGUGUGUUGAAUCAGAAACCAAAAACACAAAAUGAAAAUCUUUCACAUUCAUUGCCUCGAAGACAACUAUUCCUAUUUAAUCGUGGAUGAGAGUACCAAAGAAGCUGCAGCGGUGGAUCCUGUUGAACCGGAGAAGGUUCUCCAAGUUUCCAAUUCACUCGGUCUUAAUCUCAAAUUCGUCCUCACUACUCAUCAUCACUGGGAUCAUGCUGGUGGAAAUGAGAAGAUAAAGGAAUUGGUGCCUGGAAUAAAGGUCUACGGUGGUUCAAUUGAUAAUGUCAAGGGUUGUACUAAUGCAGUUGAAAAUGGUGAUAAGGUGCAUCUUGGAGCUGAUAUUACUGUUUUGGCGCUUCACACACCUUGCCACACCAACGGUCACAUAAGUUAUUAUGUUACUGGGAGAGAGAAUGAGGUCCCGACUGUUUUUACUGGAGAUACACUGUUUAUUGCUGGUUGUGGGAAAUUUUUUGAAGGAACUGCAGAACAAAUGUAUCAGUCGCUCAGUGUAACAUUAAGUUCAUUACCAAAGCCAACUCUAGUUUACUGUGGCCAUGAGUACACAGUGAAGAACUUGCUAUUUGCUCUGACAGUUGAGCCAGACAAUUUAAGGAUACAGCAAAAAUUAAACUGGGCUCAGAAUCAGCGGCAAGCUGGUCAACCGACAAUUCCCUCUACCAUUGAGGAAGAGUUGGAAACCAAUCCAUUCAUGAGGGCUGAUCUACCUGCGAUCCAGGCGAAGGUGGGGCGCAGUUCACCGGUAGAAGCUUUAGGAGAGUUAAGGAAAUGGAAAGACAAUUGGAGAGGCUAAGGAAAUUAAACUAGCCUUCUAAUUCACUCAUAUUUCGUUUUCCUCUUCUUGCAUCCAUAUUAAUAAGGCCUUAAUGUAUAUACACUGUAACAAGAGUUUGGUUUGCCUGAAAUUAAAAUGACAGUGUGAUAGGCUUGUCAUGUUAGGGACAUGGAUUGUGAUUUGCACUGUUGGUUACAUGUAUGUUAAUGUUGGCUUGUCAAAA